ACACGAGCGACCGCGGCGAGCGGCGCGGCGUCGGCAGUCGCUCCCCGACGCCGGCCCGCGACGCCCGCGCUCGCCGACCUACCUACUAUACAACUAUAUUCACACCAGUGACUUACAUUCGUCGUCAAAACUAUCAAAAGUGAAGGAACUUAACAGUGGCAGACGCACAUCACCUGAUAACAGUCACCUCUGAGCGGAAACCAUUCAUCGAUAGUUGUUGGGUUGGCAACAUCUAACAUCAGGCGAUGAGCAGCACGCAGUGAGGAGCGCGGUGCGGCCCAGUCGGCCAUGGAGGACGAGGAGCGGAUAGCGCGCGACGCGGCCGCCUGCGAGCGCGCCAACAACCGCUCGGCGCCGCCGCCCGGCCCGCACUGCCCCGGCGUCUUCGACUCCUGGCUGUGCUGGCCGCCCACCCCUGCCAACACGACGGCCUAUGCUUAUUGCCCCGACUUUGUUCCGGGAUUCAGCCCAGAAUUACAAGCUCACAAGGAAUGCACGACAGACGGCACCUGGUGGCGACACCCGGAGACCAACCGCGUGUGGUCCAACUACACCACCUGCGUCAAACCAGAAGACGACGUGAGCGACAUCAUCGCGGUGUACGAGGCGGGCUACAGCGUGUCGCUGGUCGCGCUGCUGCUGUCGCUCUGCAUCCUCUCCUACUUCAAGAGUCUGAGAUGCGCGCGCAUCACGGUGCACAUGAACCUCUUUGCUUCGUUCGCGUUCAACAAUGCGCUGUGGCUGGCGUGGUACGCGCUCGUGGUGCGCGCGCCCGACACGCUGACCGCCUCGCCGGCCUGGUGCCGAGCGCUGAAUGCGACCCUACAAUACGCUUUAUUAACCAACUACACGUGGAUGCUUUGCGAAGGACUGUACCUUCACACGGUGCUCGUCAGCGCGUUCGUGUCUGAGCGGAGGCUGGUGCGCGCGCUGCUGGUCGCCGGCUGGCUGCUGCCGGUCCCGUCGGCGGCGGUCCACGCGGCGCGGCGCGCGGCCGCCGGCGAGCAGGUGUGCUGGAUGGACGAGGGCGCGCCGCGGCCGGAGCUGGCGGUGCUGGUGUGCGCGGCCGUGCUGCUCAACCUCGGCUUCCUGUGCAACAUCGUGCGCGUGCUGUGCACCAAGCUGCGCGCCGGCGGCGCCAUAGGCGGCGGCGCGGGCGGCGCCAGCCGGCCCUCCGCCACCGCCUUACACGCUCUACGGGCCACGUGUCUCCUGGCGCCUCUUCUAGGUUUACAAUACUUACUAACCCCAUUCCGCCCGCCGAAGACCGCGAGCUGGUGGCUGGUGUACGAGUUGGUGUCAGCGCUGACGACGUCGCUGCAAGGGCUGUGCGUGGCCGUGCUGUACUGCUUCUGCAACGGCGAGGUGCUCGCGCAGCUGCGCCGGCGCUGGCGCGUGCUCACGUUCCGUCCGCGCGCCAACUCCACCACCAACACCACCGUCUCGUUCGUGCGGUCAGCGGCACCGGGUGCUGGUGAAGACAAAGUUUGACUAGCGGCGGGCGGCGGAGAGGCGGGGGGUGAAGCUGGAUGUGACGGCGGAGGGGAGGCGGGCGCGGAGGAGCGCAGGCGCAACAACGACGCGCGACACAUCCGCUUCGAGCUCGUCGACAGCGACGACGACGCGCCGCCCGACACCCGCCUGCUGUGAGCGCCCGCUCCCACCCCGCCGCCGCCGCCGCCGCCGCCGCCGCCGCCGCCGCGACGCAAUGUGAACAAGACUGAAGUGACAGUAAAACUUGUUGUGAAAUAUUUAUAUUUGUUGUUGACCCGUGACGCUCUGUAAAUAUUAUAACUAGUUCAAAAUAAGAUAAUAUAUUCGCGCAGGUACUUAAUAAAUUUGGAUUACAACGACUUUGUAAAUACUAAAGCUUCGUUAGAGGGGAAAAGCGGUGUACCUUUCAAUGUAUUUGUAGUUCAGCAGAGGAUUCCCCGACACAGGGUCGGAGUCUGCGAUGCUGUAUGUGUUGGCAUAUUAUGUCGUGUAAAUGUAUGAUGUUGUACAUAAUUUUGUAUAUUAAUAACAAUAAAGGUGU